GUACCGUAGUAUUUGCAGUGCAAUUGUAAUCAUUUUUGUUUUGCAGUGAGUCGUGUAAAAACUCCUCUUCAUCGAUAAAAUUGUAAAAGGCUUCAUUGAACCGUAAUGUAAAGUUGAUAACAUUUUUCCACAUAAAUUCACAAAUUUGAAUACCUUAUCAGUAUAGCAUUUCAGUUCAGUCUAGAACAAUAGACGGUUAGGUGUAGGCAUGUAGUUGUUGAUGUUGGGUUCACCUUUUCCAUAAAACGUACGUCAUGACGAACAUUCCAGCAAUGGGAAAACACAAACUGUUUUUGAUCAUUUUGGUAUCCAUGGCAAUACUGUUAAUGUUGGCUAUGCACGUAACUAAUUCUAAUGAUGUCAAUAUUCCUACCGAGUAUCAGCAUAUCCAUUUGAAACAUAUUAACAAAAAUCUCGAAGAAUUACAAUCUGAUCCAGACUACUCCAAACUAAUAAACAUAAGCUUUUCUUUCAUGCAUUUACCAUUAGUUUGUAAAGACGAAUCGCCACUCUUCAUAGUUAUAGUUCACACAGCUCCUGGUAAUUUUGAAAAACGAAAAGUUAUCAGACAAACUUGGGCAGAUAAAGCAAACAAAGUCAAGGUAUUGUUCGCGACAGGACUGGUAACUGAUGAGAAUGUCCAAAACAAAAUCGAGGAAGAGUACGAAACCGAAGGAGACUUCCUACAAGGUAAUUUCAUCGAUAGUUACCACAAUCUAACCUAUAAACAUGUGAUGUUAUUGAAGUAUAUGGUUCACCACUGUCCCAACGUGCAAUAUCUCGUUAAAUUGGAUGACGAUGUAUUCGUCAACAUGCCCAACUUGAAGACAUUCCUGCAUUUAUAUGACAUAGAAAACAAAGAUUCUGAAAAAAUAUUGUGUUCCAGAAUGUAUGGAAAUCCUGUAUUACGUGAAGGUAGGUGGGGUGUUCCUAUCGAAGAGUAUCCUGAUUCAUUUUACCCCUACCACUGUUCUGGCUUUGCCGUCAUCUACCCAAGAGCUGCUAUAUUUAAGUUGAAUUCCGAGGCCCAAAAAACUAACUAUUUUUGGAUAGACGACGUAUUUGUGAGUGGAAUUCUUGCCAAGGGAGCGAAAAUCACCCAUACGGGCAUUGAAAAUUUGAUUUUGAGCAAUAACGAUGUUAUUAACAUCGUCGACAAACAUUUUGUAAACAUCACCAAACCUUUCCUGUUCGGCAGAAUGAAUUUGGAUCCACAUCAGAUAAAGUCGUUAUGGGAUUUUGUUAGCCAUCAUACCCCCAAAGUCAGUAUAUUGGAAUAUCUUGGAUGACCUAUCACUUAGAAGGUGUAUUAGUUUUUCCUUGUCAAAGAUGUGAAUGAUGGUUCCACUGGAGAAACAGUUUUUCUUGUUACAAGAACUAUUUCGGAUAGUAUUAUUGAGAGAAAAAGUGACGUAUUUCUGUCCAUAUUUAUGAUAUAAUAUUUAUGAGUAAAUGUUAUUUAUAUAUUUGUUAAUUUGAGAUUAAUAUAAUUUCUUCGUUGUA